GGGCGCCCGAGCUCCGGCCGUCACUCGAUAAGGCAGCCAGUGACGUCACCCGUCUCGAAAACCAAAGAGCUCCGCCCAAAACGGCAGCCGACGGGCUCUUCAGCACAGACGCGUCAAACGCCUUUGUUCAGCAACGCCCAUCAUCUCCUGACUUUUGUGUUGGGGACCUUCUUCUCGCCUGCAGAACAUAUAUAAAGAAGACCAAGGCUACCACUCCGAAGACAUGCCUGACGAAGUCGUUCCGAAUGGUGCGGCGCCCCCGCCGAACGAGCCCACCAAGACCAAGGGCAUGCCCAACAAGAUGUCUCUCAAGUUGUCUCACUUGCCUAGCAAGAAGGACAUCAAGGUUGUCUACCCACGUACGCCUUCAUCUAUUGACCCCAACAACCCGCCAUGGCCCGCAUUCCGUGGCUAUCACACGUACUCCUUCGCAUAUGCCACAAUGGGUCACCGUCUGCCAACCAUCCUGGGCAAGGCCAUCGACGAUGUAAUCGAGACGCUCAAUCAGGAGUCUGAGGAGGACCGUGUCAAGGACCUCGUCGAGUGCAUGGAGCGCAUGGACAAGCUCAAGGUUGAUCUUGAGUCGCACGCCAAGUUGCGCCCCGUCAUCGACGAUGGUGAGGCGGACGUCGCGCUCUGGAACAAGGAGAUUGCGAAGUUCUUCCAAGGGAAAGACUUCAUGAAUGCCCCGUGGCUGUUUGCCGAGGCAUACAAGUAUCGUCGACUUCGCGAAUGCUUUAGCGUCAGCAAGCACUGGCGACACUACGACGUGUUCUUCCGUCAGAAGUGUGACACUUUCUCUCGGUCCGGUGAUGCUGUAUUCGAACUCUCAACGCGUUUCAUCGAGCCAUUCAAGCACAAGGAGGGAAUGUCCGACACGGAGAAGCUCGAGGCGGAGCGCUUGAUGUUCAUGGAGUUGACGCAAGUCUGUCUGUGGGGGAACUCGACUGACUUGUCCCUGCUCAUCAAUAUGACUGAGGAGCAGAUCAAGGCCUUGCAGUCAACUGGCGGCGAGAACCUUGCUGCAACCGAGAAGAAUAUUCUCGGGAAUGACAUGGCUCGUCUCUGGGAAGUUGUCAAUGGUCUCAGAACGAACACCGGCGGUCGUGUCGAUUUUGUGCUCGAUAAUGCCGGCUUUGAGCUCUACUGCGACUGUGUCUACGCGGACUUCCUGAUUCAAAGUGGGUUGGCGAAGCAGGUCCGCUUCCAUGGGAAGCGGUACCCGUGGUUCGUCUCGGACGUGACCAAGAAGGACUGGAACUGGCUGCUCAACUCGAUGGUGUACGGUCAUCUGUUCCCGAAGGUCUCUGACGCCGAGAUGGAGAGCUUGAGACGCUUGGGCCUCCGAUGGAAGGAGUACGAAAAGGAGGGCAAAUGGGUGUACGAGCAACACCCAUUCUGGUGCACUGGCUACACCUAUUGGGACUUGCACAGCGAGGCUCCGGAUCUGUUCCUCCACCUGUCGAAGUCGGAUCUCGUGAUCUUCAAGGGCGAUCUCAAUCACCGGAAGCUCACCUACGAUUGCGCUGCUCCGCCGUCGACCGAGUUCGACAUCGCUAUUGGCCCGAUGGCCUCUGCGGCUGGUGCCCCCCGUGUCUGCAGUAUGCGGACCAUCAAGAGUGAUGUCGUUGUUGGUCUUGGUCCGGAAGGCGAUGCACUCGCUGACAAGCUCGAGAAAGAGGAGCCUGGCUGGAAGAUCAGUGGCAAAUAUGCCGUCGUCCUGCUCUCCGAGGGCCGUCCUGGAGAGAAGGUCCGCUUCGCGUAAAGCAGCGCGAGACGAACGUCAACAUCAUGGAAGGGAAACGGACUGCGAUGAAGCAGAACUACUGGAUGUCAGUAUUAGAUGGCUUGAGCACUGUUUUAUACUCUACCCACUUGUAUUCUCACAAUCGCCCGCCGCGCUCUGUAUCAUGCACCUCUCGCUUUCGCGUACCUAGGAUUCCUCUCCGCAGGUCCUGUAUAUCACGUAGCAUGCACUUCGAACGCAAGUUCAAUCAUUGCCGCCCGAA